UUAGCAGUGGAUGGCAAACGGGGGUUUAAAGGCAUUUCCGUUCUGCUGUAUAAGAAUCCAAAAAUGGCAUGGAAAAACCGUGGGUGCCCUUUGCUUACAGUGGCCGUUAACUUUCGACCAGAAAAGGCCCAAAACACGAAAUCAGACGGCAGAAAAUAAGGGCCUUACUCACCCACCUCUGAAAUCUAAAAUAAAAGGCCGCAAAUCACAUUCUCACACAAGUCAUUUCCAACUCUCUCUUUGAGUUCGGCGAAUCUCGGCCCUUUAUUUCCGAGCGGCGAGUGCAGCGACGUGCUCGACCUUUAAUCGCGGCUAUAGAGUUUUGAGGUUCGCCUAGCCAUUCUUAUUUUCAUAUUUCGAGGGGAGCUUCGGAGGACACGAUCAGAGUAGAAAAGAAUGAUGGCGGACGCGCCCGGGUUUCAGUUGGGCGUCAUCGGUGCUCUAGUCCUUUCAGUGACAUCGUCAGUGGCCAUUGUCAUCUGCAACAAAGCUCUCAUCAGCUCGCUCGGCUUUCCAUUCGCGACGACGCUGACAAGCUGGCAUCUGAUGGUCACAUUCUGCACCCUACACGUGGCACAGCGCUUCAACUUCUUCGAGCCCAAGUCCGUCGAUAUGAAGACCGUCAUGCUCUUCGGCGUUCUAAAUGGCGUGUCCAUCGGUUUUCUCAACCUCAGCUUGGGAUUCAACUCCAUUGGUUUCUACCAGAUGACCAAGCUUGCAAUCAUUCCUUUUACUGUUUUAUUGGAGACCAUUUUCCUAAAGAAGCAAUUUAGCAAAAAUAUCAAGCUAUCUCUUUUAGUUUUACUGAUGGGAGUGGGCAUCGCAUCCAUCACUGAUCUACAACUCAAUCUCCUCGGCUCAAUUCUCUCGGUCCUAGCGAUUGCGACCACAUGUGUUGGUCAGAUUAUGACAAACACCAUACAGAAGAAGCUGAACAUCUCCUCAACGCAGCUGCUCUACCAAUCUGCACCGUUCCAAGCGGCCAUACUCUUUGUAUCGGGCCCACUCGUCGAUCAAUGCCUCACCAAGCAAAAUGUCUUUGCCUACAAAUACUCUCCUUUGGUCCUGAUAUUCAUCGUCCUAUCGUGCUUGAUCGCCGUCUCAGUGAACUUCAGCACGUUCCUCGUGAUCGGGAAGACCUCACCUGUGACAUACCAGGUGCUGGGCCAUCUGAAAACGUGCCUGAUCCUGGCCUUUGGAUACACGUUGCUUCAUGACCCCUUCACGGAGAGGAACAUCAUAGGCAUCUGCGUCGCUAUUUUAGGGAUGGGCUUGUAUUCCUACUUCUGCACUCACGAGAAUAAAAAGAAGCAGAGCAAUGAGCUACCCCUCGCAUCUCAGAUCAAGGAUAAGGAGAGUGCACCGUUGAUGGGCCAUCAUGAAAAAGAAAAUCAAGAGGUCAAGAAAUCUAAUGGGGUCACAACCAAGGAGUCUCUUCUCUAAGUAGUGGACCACACCUUCAUUUCACAUUGUUUUAUCAGUGUAAAUGGUUCUCAUUCUUUAAAUAAAUCUUUUUUAUUGA